AUGACUUGCACGGCAGAUGAACACUCGACUCCCUUCAACAACCAAAUCCGAGGAACCAAUCUGGGAGGCUGGAUGGUUUUGGAACCCUGGAUUACUCCUUCCAUGUUCUACCAGUUUCUCGGUGGAAACGAAACUACAACUGCCUUUGAUAGCUACACAUUUUGUAAGGUCCUGGGCCCCGAGGAAGGGAACAAACAGCUACGUCGUCACUGGGAAACAUGGGUAACCGAAGAUAUCAUCGAAGAAAUGUAUCAAACUGGAGCUGUGAACUCACUUCGUCUUCCCGUGGGAGAUUUCAUGUACAAACCGUAUGGACCUUACCAUGGAUGCGUGGAUGGAGCUCUCGAAUAUGUUGACAAGUUGUUGGAUUGGUGCUAUUCCCGAGGCAUCACUGUGCUAAUCGACAUUCAUGCUCUCAAGGAUAGUCAAAAUGGAUUUGACAACUCGGGGCAAGGCAUGGGACUGGAAUGGACAAGCGCAAUCAACUCGGAUAUCGCUAACAUUGUCACCUUCCAGCACUGGCCCAUUCGCUCGGCUGAGUGGAUCGGAACCUUCGAUAGCAAAACCGUUUCAUACUCCAGCAUCAACUACGAUAACAUCCAGCAUGCCCUUGACGUGAUUGAUAUCAUUGUGGACAUGUACCAGGGACACCCUGCUGUGCUUGGACUGGAACCGGUAAAUGAACCUUGGCAAUACACACCCAUUAAAGAGCUCAAGCGUUUCUAUUGGGAAGGAUAUUUGAUUGUCAAGAGGAAAGCACCUUUUUGGAAAUACAUCAUGCAUGAUAGCUUCCGGCUGGAUCCCAAUAUCUGGGGUGGCUUCAUGGCAGGGUGCCCUGAACGCGCAUUGGACACUCACAUUUAUCAGGCAUGGAGAGCGCCUGAUUCGCGCAUUGGUUUCUAUCAAGAUGCCUGCAAUCAAAAGGGAAUCAUUGCCACGAUGGAAAGGGAGUUUGGGCCGACCAUUGUCGGUGAAUGGAGUUUAGCAACAGACAAUUGCGCCAUGUGGCUCAACGGUUUCAACGACAAUCUCCCAGGAUUCCCAAUGUUGCCAUGCAAAUACAUUCCCUGCUCGGCUCCUUACAUGGGUACCGACCAACCUGGUACUCCCGUGGACCCCACAAAACCUAUUCAAGGUCCCUUUGGAACCGGAAUGAGUGGUCCAAUCUAUGGAUAUUGCCCAGUGGGAAGGGACUGGCUGAAAGAAUCCUCUGGAAACCCUAUCACUGGAAGGGACUGGGUGCGAGCCCCUCCGGACGCGCCUCCUAAAUAUGACGAUACAUUGAACGUGAUGAGGAACCUAGCUCACAAGAAGAUCAAUGCCUUCUCGGGGAUUGGCCACGGAUUCUAUUUUUGGAAUUUCCGUACUGAUCUGUAUGAGCCGAAAUGGUCUUACAUGCUUGCCCUGGAACUUGGCAUGAUUCCAAAGGGAAACCUAAAUGAUGAGGCUGUCAUUUCUGCUUGUGACAGGGAGGACAGUAGCGAGAUUCGAUGCAAAGCCAAUAGACGCGCACCGGAAGAAAACGUCCGCAAUGCUCUGAAUUACAUCUACGGAGUGGAGGACUUGGAGGACAAGGCAAAUGAAACAGCUACCCUGACUGGCGAUGCACUUUACGAGGCUGCAGAUGAGGCAAUAGAUGACUUUUGGCAAACGCACAGACACGAGGGGGCUACCUGCGAUUUUGGCGGUGUCGGCAUCCUGACGGUCAAAGAUGUGGUGCCCACGGAUGAUGACGAGGCCUGGACGUUUGGCGAUGAUGAUGAAUACUUCGGCAAGGAACUGAAUCCAGUGUUUACAUGGCUGAUGGUCGUUGGAGUUGCAUUGGCAACCUUUGUAUUGACUCUUGGUUGCUUUGUUGUCACAAUGCGGCGUAGCAAGACUUUCAACAAGGCAGUGCGCGAAGCCGCCGUCUUCAGACCCAUCGCGAAGAGCAAAAGCCAGGUGCUACGCAAGUCACUUUGUCUUCCCCUUGAUGAAUACGAAGAACUUGCCAACGUGAAUUUCAAUGAAUAG